AUGCAGAAACCACGCCUAUUGUUCUGGCUUACUCCGAGGAGGGCCAUAGUUGGAAGUAUACUUCUGGUUGUGCUUCAAAUAUCCUAUUUCCUACAUCGGAGUAAUCUAUUUCCUUGGCAGGGAACAGCCGGGGCAGUUCUUCGGCAUGAUGUCGUCCACCAACUUGUCGGUCUGACCAACUCUUACGCCUCAAAAUCUGCAAAUGCCAGCGUUGGCCUUGUCCUCGCAUCGAUUCAUACCGAUGACUUGACCUGGCUGCUGGAUUAUUGUACGGAAAGCGGCAGUGUACCAUUCGUUUAUACGACCGAGCGAUCUCCCGAGUUUGGCCUCUUAGUUCCUCCCACGCUCCGUGGACGUGAGGCUUCCGCGUAUCUUUCCUACGUGAUUGACUUCUACGAUCAUCUCCCGGAAUAUUCCAUCUUCGUGCACGCAUUCCCCGAACAGUGGCACAAUGACCUUUUCGGACCUUAUACAUUGAACACUUUAAGGAAUAUCCGACUCGAGUCAAUCGAGGCCUAUGGAUAUGUGAACCUUCGAUGCCAGCACAAUCCAGGAUGCCCAACAAGCAUAUACCCGCUCACUCCCAGCCAGGCCGACAUUGACAAUCACGAUAUCCGCGCUUAUUUCUCGGACGCCUAUCAGCAAAUCUUUAACGUUACCUUGGACAAGGUUCCCGGCGCCAUAGGAAAUGUCUGCUGUGGUCAAUUCGCAGUUAGCAAGGACAGAAUUAGAGUACGACCCAAGGAGGACUAUCAACGGAUUCUAGACUGGGCCGCGACAACUGACCUGACAAACGAUUUUGGUGUUGGCUGGGUCCUUGAAAAGCUAUGGCAUAUUAUAUUCGGCAUGGAUGCAGUCUACUGCCCUCGAUUCGAGCAAUGUCGCUGCGAUGUUUACGGUUGGUGUGGGCCUCUACCAUCAGGAGAGUCACUGCAAGCAGUAAUAAGGCCAGGUCCCGGGGACGGCUCUCCUACAUAG